UGCUAUCUGCCCCCUGGCGCGGAUAUUUCCGGAGAAAAAAACGUCAGAUAUUUUCCACUAUUCAUAAAACAAUGGCAGAAAAUCCGAUCCGUUUCGGGAUUAUCGGAUGCGCCGAGAUAGCAAGAAAGGUAGCAAGAGCUAUAACUCUCGCUCCCAACUCCACCCUCUCCGCCAUCGGCAGCCGUUCGAUCGAUAAGGCCAGGCGAUUUGCGGCCCAGAACGGGUUUCCGGACUCCGUCAAGAUCUACGGUAGCUAUGACGCGGUCCUCGACGAUCCGUCCGUCGACGCCGUUUACGUGCCGCUCCCGACCAGCCUGCACGUGCGGUGGGCGGUGUCGGCAGCUGAGAGGAAGAAACACGUGCUGCUGGAGAAGCCGACGGCCCUGAACGUGGCGGAUCUGGACCUGAUAUUGGAUGCUUGCCGGUCGAGUGGGGUCCAGUUCAUGGAUGGCACGAUGUGGAUGCACCACCCGAGGACACAGAUGAUGAAGGAGGCGCUCUCCGACACAACGCGUUUCGGGCAGCUCAGAUCGAUCCAUAGCACAUCCACAUAUGCAGCAGCCAAAGAAUUCCUUGAGAAUGACAUACGGGUAAAGCCAGACAUGGAUGCUCUUGGUGCUCUUGGAGAUGCUGGCUGGUAUUGCAUUCGAGCUAUCUUGUGGGCCACUGACUACCAGUUACCCAAAAUUGUAGCUGCUUUCCCAGCGGUCGAUUUCAACCAACGUGGGGUCAUCUUAUCAUGUGGGUCCUCCCUCCGAUGGGAGGAUAACAAGGUGGCAACUUUCCAUUGUUCCUUCCUCGCCCAUGAAUCGAUGGACCUCAAUCUCUACGGCAAUGUUGGAUCCCUGCGCCUGUGGGACUUCAUCAUUCCUUAUGAGGAGACGUCCGCUUUUUUCUCCCUCACAUCUGGUGCAGAUUUCUCAGAGCUCCACCUGGGGUGGACAAACAAGCCCGAGGAGGUUCGGGUGGCAUCGCCACUUCCCCAAGAAGCUCUCAUGGUUCAAGAAUUCGCUAGGUUGGUGAUGAGCAUCAGAGAUUUCAGGUGUGGCCCAGAUCCUGAAUGGCCUCAGAUUAGUAGAAGGACCCAGCUAGUGUUGGAUGCUGUGAAAAAAUCUAUCGAGCUCGGAUUCAAGCCAGUAGAGUUGUGAUUAGCAAAACGUUCAGCAAUCAUGACUACUAUGGGAGUGUUAUCUAAUCUAUAGCUCUAUGAUAAAGUGAUAGUAACACUUGAAAGA